AGGCACACUACACGAGCCCUAAUUAUACGACCUUCAAUGUCAACGUAAAUGAUGGUGCAACCAAAGUCAUGUAUCUAAUUUACACUUAUAGCAGUGGUAUCAACUAUCAACGUCACGUCAAUCAAACAAUAUGUCAGUCAAGUAGUCAACCGGCCGUAGUAACUAGUAAGAAACAGAAGGAAUCUCUGAAAGUAAAACUUUCGAAUAGUUUUUUUUUGUUUUCUUUAGUUAAACAGUAAUGUGAUAAGAAAGCAUUGCACUCUGUAUUGCAAUGGAAGCCCUUGGAAAGGCAGCUAAAAUUGUAGUAUUGGGCGACAUAGGCAGAAGCCCACGAAUGCAGUACCACGCAUUAUCACUUGCAAAUAUUGGUUUUAAAGUUACCAUAAUUGGCUAUCUGGAAACUACUCCACUGAAAGAAAUACUAGAUCAUUCUGGAAUUAGCAUAGCAAGGUUAAAUCCUAUGGCAUUAGAUAAAGGACCAAAACUAAUUCAGUACGCGUUGAAGGCAAUAUGGCAAACUAUAAGUUUGUUCUUAACAUUGUUAAUAAGUGGUCGGUGUGAUUAUUUACUAUGCCAAAACCCUCCUGCGAUACCCACAUUGCCAGUGUGUCGUUUUUACUGUCUAGUGACGAGAACGAAGUUCUGCAUUGACUGGCACAACUAUGCAUUCUCCAUUAUGGCCAUGUCGUUGCCGCCUGAUCAUCUCUUGCUUAAGGUCUCCAAGGUUAUUGAGAUGUAUUUCGGCCAGUCCUCUCAACACAAUUUCUGUGUUACGUAUGCUAUGAAAGCUGAUUUAUUGAACAACUGGGACAUUCUUGCUACAGUGCUUUAUGACCGGCCUCCUAAAAUAUUUAACCCUAUCAGUAUAGAGGAGAAGCAUAAAUUCUUCAUAAAGCUGAGCCAGCAGUAUCCUCAGUUUGGGAGCCCGGGUCGGGAACAGCUCAACUCUGGUGACAGCAUCACUAAGACAGUUGCAACUGAAAAGCAAGGAGAUGAUAUCCAGUUGAGGGCGGACCGGCCAGGCAUUCUGUUCAGUAGCACCAGCUGGACUCAGGACGAGGACUUUAGCAUUUUGAUGCAAGCUCUACAAGUAUAUGAAACAACAUUCAGUCUGUCAGACCACUCGAAGCUGCCCAAGCUGCUUUGUGUUAUCACAGGCAAAGGUCCCAUGAAACAAAACUAUGUCAAUCAAAUAGCUAAACGGAACUGGAAGUAUGUGACAGUUGUGACACCUUGGCUGGAGGCCUGUGAUUACCCCGCCAUGGUGGCCAGUGCGGACCUAGGAGUGUGCCUGCACACCAGCUCCUCUGGCCUAGAUCUUCCUAUGAAAGUUGUGGAUAUGUUCGGGGCAGGGCUGCCUGUGUGUGCACAUGAUUUUAGAUGUUUAGAUGAAUUAGUCAAAAAUGGGAAAAAUGGUUACAUCUUUAAAAAUAGCCAUGAAUUGUCAGAAUUAAUUAUUAACUGGUUUCAAGAGUUCCCCAACAAUAAGGUUCAGAAUGCUAAAGUGGAGAAAAUGAAGGCAGAAUUAGCAGAUUUCCAAAAAUCAAGAUGGGAAGAAAAUUGGAAUUUUAUAGCUAAGAAAUUUUUCGAAUGAUAAAUAUUGUUAUAUACAAUACAUAGCUAUUUGGACUAGUCUUUACAUUUGAAAAUAAGUUAAAUUAUAAAUAUAUUUUUAAAAAAGGCUGGUAUUUGUUUUUUAAAAAUUAG